AUGGCCACUGAUGAGGCAUCAGUGCAAGCAGCUGCUUUCCUGAAAGCAGCUGAGAAGGGCGCGCUUGACGUUCUGGCGGCACAGUUUCAUUCUGCGCCGUUCAUUUGGCUGCUCGAGCCGGCCAUGGUGAGGCAUGCCAGGGGUUUGUCACCAGCCAAGUUUGGAAAUCAUUGGCAUGCCUCCCUGUUUGAUGUGCAGCCACUGGAGCGUGCGGAGCUUGCAGAGCUCGCAGAGCUUGCACCUGCCUCGAGCUUAGGGCAGGCCAUCUCGGUUUUGUCCUUUGUGGAUAUCCUGGAAGCGACGGCCUGCAACCGGAAGUGGCGGCAACUUGGCUGUGAGCUGACCCACAUCCCUGCCUUGUCCACCAAGCCGCUGCACGAGCAACGUGAGAACCGUGAGGACUGUGAGAGCACGAAGGACAAUAAGGAGAUCCGCCCCAUCCUGCUGCCCGUGCUUCCGUGUUUGCUGCUAGUCGUCUCGCGCUUCCCGCGGCUGCGGGGGGAGAUAGGCGUGUUUGUCGUAGACUGGAGGCCGACAUACUUCGACGCGCUGGAGGCGGGUGGAGGUCGCCUUCAAGCGCUCUCCUUGCAGCUCUCCGAGGGUGUUGGGGAGCGCGAGCUUUCCCUCAUCCUGAAGUCUUGUCCAAAUUUGCUCCGCUUCUGCCUGUCGGACUACGACCUUGUUGGGGACAUCCCGGGCCACUUCCUGUGGGACCUUCCAAGCCACCUCACCGAGCUGAGGCUGUGUCUGCUUCGAGACCUGCAGGACUCAGCCUUGCAGGCGGCUGUCAAAGCUGCGCCAAAUUUGCGAUCUGUUCACCUGGAGGGUGUUGACGAACUCACAGACCAUGGUAUUGCUGCCCUGGGCUCGUUAAAUCUUCGGGAGCUGUCCCUGGUUUUUACCCGUGCAGCAUCACCACAAAUCUUGGAGUCGACGCUGUUGCACGUCUUAUGCGACACCCAUUGCACAGGGCUCGAGGCACUUGAAUUCUCCGAGCGUGCUGGGCCGUCUCUGGUCCUAUCUGAUCAAGGCGCCAACUUUGCGCAGGCGCUUGCAAGGCAUGGAAGGUCCCUCAGAGCUUUGACACUCUCGGGCGUGGUGGGGCUUGGCGACAUUGCCUUCCAAAUUCUUGCAGCUUCCUGUCCGAACCUGCGUGAGCUGUCCCUAUACAAACCUGGGCAUCAACUGACAUCAGCCGGAUUACAAGAAGGCUUGAGGCAGCUUUCCUUGGAACAUGUCAGCCUCGGCUGUGUUGCCGACUUUCUUGGCGCGUUUCAGGCCAUUAGAUGUGCAGGACUCGGGCUCCGGUCCUUUGAGAUGACUCGCUACUUUCGCACCGCUGCAGAUGAGUCCGUGCUGUCUGUUUUGCAGCAUCUGCGCAGUGGCUACUUUCCUCGUUUGUACUCGGCGAUCUUCCGCGGGACGUUUUCCUCCGAACAGGUUUCUACUUGUUACGAGGACAUGUCGCGUGACCGGUGGGAAACUGCCGACUUGAGCUGGGUGCAGCUUGACGAUCAGACCUUUUCGAUCAGAUGGCCGUAUCCCGCGUCUGCUGCAAAGUCUUGUGAGUCUUUCGUUACUGUGCAUCUGCAAAGGUGCUUCAAAGAGAGUGAUUUUGGAUGA